AUGAAAUAAAAGUGUGCUUUUACUAUACUGAAAAAAUCCCAAUGGACUGUGAAAGCUGGUUGUAAUCAAUACAAAGUAAGGGCAGAAAUACGAGAGAAACUGGAACUUAAGCGUUUAGCGUAUAGAGACAUCGGUACUAUGCUGGACCGGCUUAUAAAGGAGCGGGUGUGCGGCGGGCAGCUCAUUUCGAUCCAACCGACGAUGUCGGAGGUUGCCAACGGUGCCCCAGUCGACGAGUCCUAUUUGUUCGAUAUGGAUGCCUGCUAUGAAACCUUCGAUAAAGAUGGGGACGGAAAGUUGAACUUCGCCGAGUUCCGCCUAAUCUGCAAAGCGCUGUUCCGCAACGACAAGGGCCACAUCUAUCCGCUGCCUGAGGAGCGCGCCAGACACAUCUUCCAGGUGUUCGACAAGAACGGUGACGGAUACAUUGACAAGGAGGAAUUUACCUUUUGCUGGAACCACUGGAUCAAAGUGAUUGUCCGACCGGUGAGUGUGUUCCUGAUCGUGGACGUGCAGAACGACUUCAUAUCGGGCACGCUCAACAUCAGCAAGUGCAAUGCUCAACAGGACGGGAGCGAGGUGGUGGAGCCAAUCAACCGAUUGUUGGAGACGGUGCCCUUCGACUGCGUGUUCUACUCUCUUGACUGGCAUCCUCCGGACCACGUGUCCUUCAUCGACAACGUGCACAUGAGAGAACUGCAUCCCUCCAGCCCGGUGCCAGCAGACAAAGCGCAGGCGUAUGACACGGUGGUGUUCGCGGGCCCACCGCCCAUGAAGCAGCGACUCUGGCCGCGCCACUGCGUGCAGGAUACGUGGGGCGCAGAGCUGCAUAAGGACCUCAAGAUAGUAGAGGGCGCUGUGAAGGUGUACAAAGGUACAAACCCCGACGUGGACUCGUAUUCGGUGUUCUGGGACAACAAGAAACUGACGGACACGAGUUUGAGCACGCAGUUGCGAAUGCGUGGUGCCACUGACAUCUACAUCUGCGGACUCGCCUAUGACGUCUGUGUGGGCGCGACGAUAGCGGACGCGCUGGCCAUCGGGUACCGCGCCAUUUUGAUCGACGACGCGUCGCGCGGCGUCGACCUUGCCGACAUCGAGCGCACGAAGGCCACCAUUGUCGGCAACAACGGCAUCAUUAUUAACUCAGACCAGGUGAUCGCGAUGGUGGAGGGGCGCGACCGACGGCCGGAGCUCGGCUACAAACUGGCUAUGGAAUUAAAAAACGCCAUGGAGGAUACCCAGUGAACAAGACACGGCCUUACUGCAAUCCAUUAGCUUCAAAAGCACAACCCAGACACGUAAUUACUUUGCCAAUCAUGAUUAUUUACAAGAAUUGAAAUUGAUUCAAAACUGCUAUUUGUUAUUCCGGCUAAAGCCUAAAAUUGUGCUUAACGAUCUACUAUAUAGUUUUAUGCUCUUCGCCACAGUACAAAUUUUAUUAUACAAAUGAGCUUACUACUUAAGUUACUUUAUAAAGAAUAUCUUAAAUGGCAUGUUUGAAAGUUACUUAUCGUGUUACUUAAAUUAUUGUUACAUUAGUAAUUAAGUCACCUUUUCCUAUUGUUGUAUUCAAUAUCAAUGGCAGCAAAAAAUAACAGGUUAUCAGCAAAACAACGACAUUUUGAAAGUCACAACGAUGCAUCGAGGAAAUUUAGAAAGCUAAUAUCUGACGGAUAUUCAAAAGAUUAUAAUAUAUGUUAUUCUGUCAAGUUUUUGCUUCCAAAACGCUCUACUGUAAAACCGUGAUUUUGCAGAUAACCGGUUACUCUUUGCUGUCGUCGAUAUAGUAUUCUAGCGAACAUUUUACGACCGCUCCAUUUUAGAGUCUGACUCAUGGCAUGAUAACGCGUAAAAAAAUAAAAAUUCAUCGCUUUAUACCUGCAGAAAGCGUGAAACAGCUGAAGGGAAAUUUAAAUGUUUAGUACGUUUCCCAACCGUAAGAUGGCGUGUAAAUCGAAAUAGAACGCGCUAUCAAAGUGUUAACGUUCGAAAUUAUACACCCUGCCCUGAAUAACAAUAAUUAUAGAUUUUAAAAGCCGUCAUAUAACAAUAUAACAAAUUUGAUAACUUUUUGGGAAGGGUUGCUCCUUAUAAAGGAGGGCUCUUUGUUUAUAUUGCUAACCGUAGAAGCACAUGCAUGGUGUCUGGAAGCGAAAGGGUUGACACCGUUUACUGUAUCCAUAACUAUGUAUCAAUCACUUUCCUCCCGCUUUUGGGCACAGGGCUACAGAUACAAAUAUCAUUU